UUCCAGAAUAAAUAUCUAUUGUGAAAGUAAAAUGGUGAUGGAAUAAUUUAAGAAGAAAGACACAAUCAUGGAAGAAGAAACUCUUCUGGAGAACUGGAAGAUUUUAAAUAACAAGGAGAAGAUGGACUAUUGGGAGAAGCUGAGCUCGAAGGAGAAGAUUGUUUUCCUGGACAAGUUGGCCAUCCAUGAGAAGAAGAAGCUCCUUAUUAAUACUCAACCUCUCGUGAAGAAUACCGAGAAACGAAAAUCUCCUGCCAAGAAAGAUAUUAAAAUUGAAAUCUUGGUCGAAAAUUACAAUGCUGCGCAGAGUAUUGACGAGCUAGAUUUUGAGCUGGCGGAGCUAGGGCGUAUGGUUGAGUUCAAGGCGGAGAAGGUUGUAUCCGCCGCAAAAACUCCGCUUCUUUCAUACCAUCUUUCCAGAGGAGAACUUUGGCAGGUUGUGAACCGGCGUGGUUUGUAUGCCUUGUCUCCUGGUUCUAAGAUACCUCUUCUCUGCUACCUGACUGAUUACACGCUGACCGGGGUCCUGGAGCCCGGCCUUGUGGAUAUAUUCAACCACGGUGAAAAGAACCGAUCCCAGAUCGUUCAGAGCUAUAUCAAGGAGAUCUCCAGGCAGUGGAGUAGUGCUUUUAUGCAGAUCGUGAAAAUGGGGAAAUCUAGGAUUUAUUUGUUCAGUGUUGAGUUUGUGACUAAUCUGCGUAAGUUCCUGCAGAGUGUAUAUGACCAGCUCCAUAACUUUGAUCCUACAUUGUCUGCACUCUUCUACAGUAAUGAGAUGAAAACUCUGUUUUCUGUUUACGAGAUCAAUUUCUCCUUUAUCCCCAGCUCAUCCAGCAUUAUACCCCCCAUCUACUACAGAGAGUCUGGAAGACGACAAUCUAGGGUUUCAGAUUCAUUGCUCACCCAGAAAUAUAAACUUUCUGCUCUAGAGAUUGGAACAAUACUUACGCGCUCCAAAUCCGUGAGCAUACAGCUGGAGCUGCAAGAGGGCAGGAUGAUCAUCUUCUUCAUGAAGAACCAGAUCGAGGUCUCCACCAUUGUCCUAUCCAGCUCCAGUAUUAAGUGCGGAGUCGUCUGCUUCGGUGAUCAUUGGAACGUGAUAUUCCUGUAUCCAGUCCAAGGGUUUAGGUUGACCCCCAGCGGUAGUAUAGUUCUUCCCAGCCUUUAUGGAACUACAGGAGAGGAGAAUAGGAUCGUACUCUUCUUUAACAGGAGCCUUCAGGAAUCCGUUUGUGAAGGAUUAGUUCAGUUUUUGAAAAUAUUCCUCCGAGGAAGGAUGGUCGAGGUUGAUGAUGAUUUUGCAGCAAAUUUAUUCAAGAGAAUCAACAAUUGCAGCAAACUCUUUGGUUCAUCCAAGGAUGGAAAUGAUGAGUUUAAGUUUGAUUCCAAGGAAGAGAAGAUUCACUAUGAGGAAACUAAGAAGAAGCCCAAACAGUCGAAAUCAGCAUAUUCUAAAGAAAAAGAAGUUGAAUCAGAGAAAUAUUUGGAUGAAUCCUUCACAGGUUCAGAAUCCGCUUCUUCAGAUGAUGAUGUCGACUAUGACGAACUGGAUUAUGAUGAAGAUGGAGAACUCCCAACUCCUAAUAACACUCCGACCAAGAUGAGGAUGCACCACACUGGAGGAACUACUUCAAAGCAUAGAGAUUCCUCCAAGUACAUGGAGAAGUAUAGCAGCCAUUCAACUUCAUCUAAACUCACGGGGAAAGAAGAGAUGAAGAAACUGAACCAGAACUUAUCCGGAAACGGUUCUGGAAGUUUCUAUGAUGCGCUGGACACAAUUCAUCAAGCAUUAAAAGUAGAAAAUUCUGACUCGGAGGAUUCAGAUAAUGGUGACCAAGGUUCAGAUGAAAGUAUGGUUGACGAUUCAGAUAAUGGUGACCAAGGUUCAGAUGAAAGUAUGGUUGACGAUUCAGAUAAUGGUGACCAAGGUUCAGAUGAAAGUAUGGUUGACAAUUCAGAUAAUGGUGACCAAGGUUCAGAUGAAAGUAUGCAGGUUGACGAUUCAGAUAAUGUUCUGCUGACAGAUUCAGAAUAUGAUUCAGAUUCAGAUGAUGGCGGCAGGUUUGACGAUAUGUCAGAGAGAGAACCACGCUGGUAUGAUAAUUUGAAGAAGAAACCUAAGAUGACCCCCUUGCAAGCCUUAAAAGAACAGAUUGCUAUCGUCGCUUUUAUGGAAAAUUUGUCAACGACUGGCAAAGAAGAGUAUGUUAAACGGCAGACGGUUCCUCCACAGAAGGAAGGGAAAGAAGAAGUCGGGAGUAAAUCAAUUUCCAAGUCCGGGAACUCCUCAAAAAACCCAGAGUUUGGAAAACAGGUGGAAAAUCCUCCAAGAAACCAUCAGAAAGAAAACCGUCCAAUUUCCAUGAAGAAAACAUCCGAUGGAAGACUGGCCAAUCAAGUUGAGAAACCACGGACAGGAAAAUCCAUAAAUCAGAGUCCAAGGAAAGAUCUUUUAAAAAUAAAUAAUAGAUCUCCUGACGAUCAGACUCUGAAAGGAAACCCUGGAGUUAAAGCACAACAUGGAAACCCUGCUGACACGAUUCAGAAAGCUAUCCCUGCAGCCAAAGCCCAGUAUAAUGAAAACACUGCUGACAAGAUGCCUAAAGGAUCCUCUGUAACUAAAGCCCAGCAUGAAAACCCUCCUGACAAAAUGCCUGAAGGAACCCCUGCAGAUUUGGUCCGGCAUGGAAACCCUGCUGACAAAAUGCCGAAAGGAAACCCUGUAGCUAAAGCACACUAUGGAAACCUUGUAGCACAUCAUGGAACUUCACAGACUCCUAAAGGAACCCUGGUUGCCAGCACACAGCAUGGAACUCCUAUUCCUCAGACUCAAAAAGGAACCCCUAUUCCACAGACUCAAAAAGGAGUCCUUAUUCCACAGACUCCAAAAGGAACCCUGGUGGCCAGCACACAGUAUGGAACCCCUAUACCUCAGACUCAAAAAGGAACCCCUAUUCCUCAGACUCAAAAAGGAACCCCUGUUCCACAGACUCUAAAAGGAACCCCUGUAAUCAUUCCUACCAAGGCUCAGAACGGAAAAUCUGCGAAACCAAAAUAUAUUCCCCCCAAAAGAGGGUCACAGAAAAUCCCUGCCUUUGCUCUGGAGGAAGGAUCUGAUAUCCCAGAUCGGGAAUUAAUACUAGAGUUGUGGAGCGCAAAGUAUACUAAGAAGAACAAAACUGAAGCUGAGGAAAGGAGACUUCAAGUCCUAGCUUUGGAAUUCAUGGAUUUUAACAGAAGAGAGGGAAGGUAUGCUGAGGAUAAAGAGUUUAUGAUUCGAAAACUAAACGGCCAACCCACUUCAGAUAUAGGAACUGUGGAAGAGAUAUCACCACGUGAGAGCACUAGUUCUCCAGGUUCUAUUGACCAAAGUCAAGAAUAUAACAGGAUAUGUCCCUGCCGAUCCUGCACCUGUAUAAUAAAGAAUUCAUACAAGUUGAGGAAUGAAGUUUACGAGUGUAGAUGUGAGGAUUGUAAAUAUACAAGAUCAGAUCAUUACACUACAAUGCGAAGACGAGGAUAUCUCAACCACAAGUGCCAUGUUUGCCACCUGGAGCGCAGGAAACGAGAAAUCUGGACUCGGGCUGCUGGUAUGCUGCGUGACGAGCUAGAGGAUUGCUAUUGUACAGAUUGUACAGACUAUAAGGUUGAUAAGACCAGGCAUUAUGUGGAAUGUAGAUGUCAUAGAUGUAAGUGUAUGAUCCUUAUCGCUGAUGUUGAAGUCGGAAACGUUAAGCCAUUUCGUCUCUCCCAUCUUCUACCGACCCAGUGCCAGACAAACCCUACUCCACGUUCUGAAACCACAGUUCCCUGCAGCAAGCCGGGUUCAUCAUCUAUGAACAAACCGGGUAAAGUACAGAACGGGUUUCCUUCUUCCUCUACUUUUCCUACUCCACCCUCAAGAUACGAGCAGUCUCCUAACUCUGGUCCUAUCACCAGCAGAUCUUCUCCAGGAGCUGAACCCACCAGGAGUCCUCCUGUUCAACAAUCUACAGACUCGAGAAACUGGUCGAAUAUUCCCCUACUUAUCGCAGAUACCAAGUUGGAGUUCUUUCGUCUAAACGUGCCAAGCUUUAUCUUCGAACGCUGGGACAGGGAGGCUGUUCGUGCUGUCAGGGAGUUCUUAGAACGGAAGUGGGAAACUUUAAAGCAUGCUUCCGGAAGCGGAAACCACGUUUAUCCUUCUGUUAAUGACAAUAUAGCAACCGGAAAUGAAAGAGCUCCUGAAUCUGAUGAUUGUAGUAAAACAGAGAGCAGUGUGUCUACGGAGAAAGGUUCAGGUUGGGUUGGAAAGGUUAGAAUUCGAAGUUUCCUGACUCCGGUACCUGGCACUGGUGAAAGAGAUCCGCAGCUAGAUCAAAUCCUUCAAAGUAAAAACAGGGUAACUCUUCAAUUUGACGAAGAUAUGACCCAUCACUAUGACGAGAUGGGAAACAGGAUUAUCGACGCGUCAAUAAGAGAACGGGAUGAUGAGAAGAUGAAAAGUGCUGUGAACGUGAAUGUAAAGAGAGGACUGGAGAAUCAUGAGAAGCAUCCAGGUGGGAAAAGAGGACGUGAAGAUGUAACUGACAAGGACGGAAGUCCUCAUCUCAGCAUGAAAAGAGGACGUAUUGAAAAUGAGAAGAAGGACGAUGAAAUUCUGGCUGUGUGUCCUCUUUCCAAGAAUAAAAUCCAAGAAUGUGGUUCCAAAGAUGUUAAAGAUCUAAACCUGGACUCAGUAAGAGCUGUCUCUUCUUCUUCUGGUUCAGCAAAAAGGAUUGCUGAAAAGCAGGUCCAGGGAGGGAUCAACCCUUCUACAGUAGGAGGACCACCCAUGAGUAAACCACCUGCAGUAGGAGGACCACCCCUGAGUAAGCCACCUGCAGUAGGAGGACAACCCCUGAGUAAUCCACCUGCACUAGGAGGACAACCCCUGAGUAAACCACCUGCAGAAGGACCCCUGAGUAAACCACCUGCAGUAGGAGGACAACCCCUGAGUAAUCCAGCUGCAGUAGGAGGACAACCCCUGAGUAAUCCACCUACGUUAACAAAGCAACACCAGAACUCCCUGACAAGUUACCUCCCUGCUAAUUUUGUCUCUCUGAAUGAGUAUACAGGAAAUAACUAUUGGAGUGAACCGUUUCAUAAAGAAAUGGUCAGGGAGAUGAUCCGGAUGGAUAUGACCUAUUCUGAAGUGGCAAGAGUUACAGGAAUCAAGUACAGCUUGCUUUACUCCAGAUACAAGACACUUCGUCAGAAUAUCCAGUCCAAUCCUACCCAGUAAACAAGACACUUCGUCAGAAUAUCCAGUCCAAUCCUACCCAGUAACCAAGACACUUCGUCAGAAUAUCCGGUCCAAUCCUACCCAGUAAACAAGACACUUCGUCAGAAUAUCCAGUCCAAUCCUACCCAGUAAACAAGACACUUCGUCAGAAUAUCCAGUCCAAUCCUACCCAGUAACCAAGAUACUUCGUGUCAGAAUAUCCGGUCCAAUCCUACCCAGUAAACAAGACACUUCGUCAGAAUAUCCAGUCCAAUCCUAGCCAGUAAACAAGACACUUCGUCAGAAUAUCCGGUCCAAUCCUACCCAGUAACCAAGAUACUUCGUGUCAGAAUAUCCGGUCCAAUCCUACCCAGUAAAUAAGACACUUCGUCAGAGUAUCCACUCCAAUCCUACCCAGUAAAGAGGAUACUUUUUUCUAAAUAUCCAAGCCAAUUCCGCGAUCAGGAUACUUUUGUAUAAUAUCCAACUCAGCGAUCAGAAUAUCCAAUUUUAUU